AUGGAUUCAACUUCGCGUCCAGCGCCAUUAUCACAUCGAUUCACAUUGGAGCUGGAAUUUGUCCUCUGCUUAGCAAAUCCUCAAUAUCUGCAGUAUCUCGCCGUCACUUAUCCACAUCUUCUCAAUCAACCGCAACAUUCAGCCGAUCCCGAAAAUUCAGACGCCGCUUGCUUCGCUCGUUAUCUCAAGUACCUUUACAGCUACUGGCGCACUCCGGAGUAUGUCCAAUAUCUCACUCAUCCUGGUGCCACCUUGAGGAACCUCGAACUUCUCCAACAAGAGCAGUUCCGCAAAGAUGUCAUUCGCCCAGAUGUCAUCAUGAAGCUAUACGAAAUGAGUCCAGCUUCAGAGCAGGAUGCGAAUGGUACUGCGAAUUCCCAGCCAGAGCAAGAAGUGACCGAAUGA